CCCUUCCUCUUGUCACGCUCUCAUUCUCAGUAUUAGCUUGUGUACUCAGAGAUGUAUGUUAGACAGGCAUGUCUCUCUUACAGCACCACGUCCAAGUGUGUGUGUGUGUGUGUGUGUGUGUGUGUAAGGGUGCAAGUGUGUGUGAGCAUUUGUGGUGUGUGACGUCUUAGAGGGACAUUCUCACCACCUGAGAGUAUCUGACUUCUCUAUUUUCUAUUAGGUAAACAAGCUCAGCGUGCUGGAACAACCAGUGCACUUCGGUCCUCAUGGGACACCGAGAACACUUCGGUCCUCAAGGGACACCAGUCCUGCGUUAAAAUGAAAAGCGGAAGAGAAGAAGAGAUUAAAACGGUGGAGCUGUCAGCCCCAGGCUUGUCUCUUUUAAAGCCCAGUGUUUGCUUUGUUUGAUUUGAUGAUGAGUUGCUCUAGGCUUCGUACCAAACAUUCAGUAGUGUUUAACUCACUUCUGAACAGGUUUCCUUGUCCAGGACGGCUAGUGAGUAAUGGUAUUGCAACAAAAACUAGAGUGCUAUGAUCUCCAGAAUCGUCCCAUAAGUGGGUUUCAUUCAACUGUGCUGUGACUAGAGGGAGUGUUGGAUGCCUGGCAAUGCUAGCUGGCUAAUCUCUGACUGAUGUUGUUGAGUUUGUUGAGUGGAAAUAUGAGUGAGCAUCCUGCAUCUGCUCUAACCAUGAAACCCCAGGAUGGGGUCCACCAACGCAUGUGUCUACCGUUAGAAAACAAUAAUGAUUUCCACAAAUCAUCUUUCUCCACAUCAUCAUCACCGGAUUCCAAUUAUAGUCUUAGCAGCCUGGAUGUGGAAUUGCCAGAGGGGAUGAUGGGAAGGAAAGCAGCCGCCAGUGAAGAUGACUCAGGGAUCCAGAGCCCGGAUUGCAGACCCGAUGACAAUGACAACUCGGUUUCUGUUUACUUAGAUGCCAAUGAAGAAGGCUGGCAUGCCUCCUGUGAUGACCAAGAUAAUGACACAAUUGUUCAAAAUUUAAAUCUUGAGAAUGAUAAUGUUUUCAGCAAUGCCGGUGUUGAUGGAGAACAAGGAAGGCGAGGGUCAGGGGACUCUUCAGCUACAGAGGCACAGCUGUUCACUUCUGAGGAUGAGGAGGGUGACGAUGAAGAGGAUGAUUCUUUUUUGUCCCUGAGGUCUGCUGAUGUAGUAAUGAGGAAGCCUGAGGAAGUCCAGAUGUGCAGCUUAAAAAAGAGGACUGGUGUGGUCCUUAUGACUGAGCUCCAUCAAGAGACUUUUCAGAAUUUGGUUGAUUAUCCCAGUGAGGAGGUCCGGAUGUGCAGCUCAAACAUGAUGUCUAGUGAUGGCCCAAUGACUAAGCUCCAUCAGGAGACAUUUCAGGAUUCAGUUGAUCAUCCCAGUGAGGAGGUCUGGAUGUGCAGCUCAAACAUAACGUCUAGUGAUGGCCCAAUGACUGAGCUCUAUCAGGACACUUUUCAGGAUUUGUCUGUUCUUCCUGAUGAAAAGCGAGAGGUGUGCAGAUCAAUUAUGACGCCCAGUGUGGGACCUUUUAGUAAGGAAUGUCAGGAGCUUUUUCAGGAUUCAGUGGGUUAUCCUAGUGAGGAGGGCCAGAUCUGCAGCUCAAACAUGACGUCUAGUGAUGGCCCAAUGACUGAGCUCCAUCAAGAGACUUUUCAGAAUUUGGUUGAUCAUCCCAGUGAGGGGGGCCAGAUCUGCAGCUUAAACAUGACGUCUAGUGAUGGCCCAAUGACUGAGCUCCACCAGGAGACAUUUCAGAAUUCAGUUGAUCAUCCCAGUGAGGAGGUCCGGAUGUGCAGCUCAAAUAUAACGUCUAGUGAUGGCCCAAUGACUGAGCUCUAUCAGGACACUUUUCAGGAUUUGUCUGUUGUUCCUGAUGAAAAGCAAGAGGUGUGCAGCUCAACUAUGAGGCCCAGUGUGGAACCUGUUAGUAAGGACCAUCAGGAGCCUUUUCGGGAUUCAUUUGUUCAUACCAAUGAGGAGAUCCAGCUGUGCAGCUCAACCAUGAGGCCCAGUGUGUCUCCUGUGAUUGAGCCUCAUCAGGAGACUUUUCAGGAUUUAGUUGAUUAUCCCAAUGUGGAGGUCCAAAUCUUAAACUCAGCUAUGAGUCCUAGUGUAGGUCCUGAGAGUGAGCUCCACCAGGAGGCUUCUCAUGUGACUUACAAUGACAAAUGCAAGAUGCAGAGAGCAACUGAAAGAACUGAUGUCGGCCUUGGGAAUGAGCUUCACCGCAAGGCUCAUCAGGAGUCUGUAGGGCAUCAAAAGAGGGAAGAGCGGAUGAAGAGCUCAAACAGAAGUCUGGAUAUGGACUCUGGGAGUCAGGAGAUGGAGUCAAUCGAGCUUCACACUGAAAAGAACCAGUUCCAGACCUUAGCCAGGAGGAUUAAUGUGGAUCUUGUAAGUGAGAUUCAUCAUGAGGACCCCCAGACAAACAUUGAUCUUCCCACUAAGAUAGCUCUAUCUCAACCACCUGCAGAACUAAUUCUUAAUAAAACAAUGCAAAUUUUUCAAGCUACUCCUCCAUCCCCACCUGUCCAUCACAAUAAAGAUCCUCUAUGUUUUUCUAAAAGCAACAUUUUACAAAUAACCAAUCAUGCUCCUGAUCUAUCUCACACCAGAUCUCUUACGGAACCUUCUAAAAUUAAAUACACCAAAACAGGGCUAAAACGGUUUUCUAGACCUAAUCUGAAGGACAUCAAGCCUAAAGUCAUUUCAAGGGCCACUUCUGCUCCAAGAUCAGUGGAUACAAAAUAUAGCCAAUCAGCUUUAGGCUGCGAAAAAAAAUCUCAGAUCACUAGAAGUAGAGCAACCAAUAGGAGAGAGCAAGGUGGUGAUGGUUUCAAGAAGAACCGUGCAUCUUCUACUCAGGCAAGAACAACGACACCAGCACCCAUAACAAUUUCAGACCCUGAAGGACAACUUACAUGGUCACCAAUGGUCAAAAAACAACCACCAGAGCCUCAGGGGUCAAAGGUUGUCAAAAAUGGCUGUCAUGUGCAGACUUUAAGUUCAAAGGUCUCUGAAAGUGUGGAAGAUGAGAGAGAAAGCGACGGGAAAGAUGAAGUGGUAGUAAAGGAGAAUCCCACAGAUGGAAAUAUGGUCCAGAACGUCUCCUCUGACCUUCGACCUCCGGGGGUCGUAGCGAGGGUCCCGAGCCGAGGGUGUGUGUCUGCGGGGGUCCGAACUGUUCUGCCAGGUGCUGGCAUCAAUAGCAUGGCACACGUCUGUAUUAUACAAUCUCUCGUUCAUUCUGCUCCUUCCCACACACAGCGCAGACUCACUCAGGAAGGUGCGCCAAGGAUGAGAGUGAUUGACAGCAGCCCAGCCAUGUGUGGCUCCGCCCCCUCCUGCAAGGGUCCACUAAAAGUUGCUUCUUCCAAACUGCCAAUCAAAAGCGGGAACCUUCCCAUGAGCCUCAGCUCUUCCUCUGUGAGCAGCGGCACGAGCGAGAACAAAGGUACGGCACUGCCGAUGAAGAGUGAAGAGACAUGUAUCAGACCGUCCUCAACCUCACUGGGAAAACCCAUAAGCACAAAUCCUGCAGCAGGCAUCCGCACCAGAACAAACACACCCGCUAAACUCAAUACUGCAGGCCAGAAGGCCACAGCACAUGUCACUCAGUCCAAGACUACCCAGAAUGUCCUGCGCCGUGGAGGAGCUGCGAGACCUAGCCGAAGCUCAGCAACAGUGUGCCCGAGCUCCAGAGGGCCCCGGGGAACCCGGGCGGUUCACCCACACACUGAGGAAGAGGACGAGAAGAAGAAUCGCUCCAUCCUCCACCUGCGCUCCCUCGUCGCCCACGGCAACCGCAGACUGGAGGCUCUCGCCGUCGUCGUGCAGCACGUCUUCAACGAGCGGGAAGAAGCUCUGAAACAGAAGAAGGAGAUCUCCAUGCAGUUAAAGAAUGUCCGAGAGGAACUUACCCAGUCGGUGGUGUGUUGCGAGCGGUUGGAGCGUGAGAAGGCGAGUGUGUGUGCGCAGCUGGACGCGGCGGUGUCGACGCUGCAGCAGCAGCACCAGGACGAGCUCACACAGCUGGAGGAGCGACUGCGCGAGUUUUACUCGGCCGAAUGGGACCGAGUGCACCAGCAGUACCAGGAGCAGGCCGACCGCUGCACCGCCCUCAUGAGGCAGCAGGUGGAAGAGGUAAAGAGCAAACAGGAAGUACUGAGGACGGAACAGGAAGUGGCACACAGCCGGCACAUAGAGGAGAUAAGACAAGGAUAUGAAAGCAUGCUAGCAGAGCUGCAAAAGAGCCAUGAGAGGGACAAGCUGGAGCUGGACAACACACUCAAAAUCACUGAGGCUGCGCUCAACGAGAGAAUCGCAAGUCUUGCGGAGGAGAACGAGGCUCUGAGUGAGAGACUGAGAGAGACGGAGGAGAAAAGGAGAGAGCUCGCAGAAAAAAGCCAGAGAGACGCUCGCGUGUUGUACCUGGAGCAGGAGCUGGAGAGUCUGAGGGUCGUGUUAGAUAUAAAAAACACUCAGCUCCAUCAGCAGGACAAGAAACUGAUGCAGAUGGACAAGCUGAUCGAGUCCAACGUGAAACUGGAGGAGUUUGUAACGAAGCUUCGACAGGAGAACGAGGACUACAAAGCCCGCAUGGACAAACACGCCGAAAUGUCCAGGCAGUUAUCCACAGAACAGGCGAUGCUUCAACAGACGCUGCAGAAAGAGUCGAAAGCCAACAAAAGGCUCUCGAUGGAGAACGAGGAGCUGCUCUGGAAACUGCACAACGGCCUUUCGCCCAGAAACUCGGCUUCCUUUCCCAGCUCCCCUCUUUCGCCUAGAUGACCUUUGACCUAGAACCCGUAUAGACAUUUUAAAACAUUUUUUUUAAAGACCUCACCUCUCUGUCCCCUAAAAUGGGCGACGUUCAGGCGAGAGCGUGCUCUUGGGACAGAGCCGAUGUUGCACAGACGCACUUCCAGACCGAGGAACAUGCCUUGCUCUGCCGCUUCUCUUUCCUUUUUAUUUUGUUUCAUUCGUUUUUUAUUUACGGAGGAAACACGCCUCAGGGUUUGUAUAUAGACUUUUCUCCUCCUUGUUCCACCGUGGAGUUUGCAUUUCACCUUUUUUUUUUCAAAAUGUAGGAAGACAUUGUAUUCUUGAGGUGAAAGGAUGAAGCUUAAAUAUGCUUGAAUCGUAACCACCACCUGACACUGGAGAUAUUUCACUAUACUCAGUCUGAGACUAAUUCCUAAAAAAAAUCCUGGUAUAUAUAUUAUUUAAAAACAGACAUAUAUGAAUAUUGCUGAUAUUAUCACGAAUGCUAUUUCCUUUCGAUGAUCCCAGGUUCUGAUCCAUGUUCUAAACUAUAUUGCAUGCACAGAAAUCCAAAUAACUAUCUGGACUUGUCCUAAAGCUCCUGAAUGUAUUUUCCUUUCACUAAGACUAUUUCACGUUAACGGCUUGAACUGGGAAGUGUUACAAGGAAACGCCUCCUUUAUCUCAAACCCAAUGACUUUUACCAUCCUUGCAUUUUAUUUCAGUUAAUGCAUUAAACAUAACCUGAACACUGA